UCGUGAGUCACCAGCCUCAGCCAGUUGUGGGGAAAAUUUGUGCCAACCACCCAGGAACCCUUCACCUUCUGAGAAGGCGCCUGAUCCCAGUCUGUCUGAUUCACCUGUCCCCCAAACACAGGUAAGAAGACGGUGAGCGGGGCAAAACCCUUCUCAAGAGGAAGGGGGUGAUGUGCUAAGAUGGCCAGUGGCGCCCUACUGGUCAAGUGUGGGUCUUCCAGUCGCAGGUCCAUGGCUGGCAGGCCCCCAGGACGCCAGGAGGAGGAGGAGGCUUCCAAAGACCCAGGGCUCAAACGGUCGGGGGCACGGCCCCCGGGCCACCUGCAGAGCACCGACGGAGCCCGGCCUGCUGGCCCUGGCCCGGCCUCCCGCCGAGGCUCCGUGCUGGGCGCAGCGGCCUCCUUUUCCCGCCGCAACUCGCUGGCCGGGCCAGGCCCAGGAGCAGGAGGUCGGCGACCAUCCCUGGGUCCGGUGCCUCCGCUCAGCUCAAGGAUCAGCUUCUCGGGGCUGCCCCUGGCACCCGUGCGCCGGGUGGCACCGUCGUACCGCAUGGAGCCGGCGCCGGGGGAGCGCUGGGACGCUGCCCGCGCCCAGCGCGCCCUGGAAGCGGCCCUGGCCUGGGGGCUGCGUGACGCCUGCUACUCGGGGACCGAGGCGGGGGUCCUGGCCCGCGAGCUGUGCGAGCAGGUGCGGGUGCGCCUGCGGGAGCUCAGCCCACCGCGCUACAAGCUGGUGUGCAGCGUGGUGCUGGGGCCGCGGGCCGGCCAGGGCGUGCAUGUGGUCAGCCGCGCGCUCUGGGACCCAGCGAGCGAUGGGCUGGCCUCCGCCUCCUUCACAAACCCCACACUCUUCGCCGUGGCCACCGUGCACGGGCUCUACUGCGAGUGAGCAGGCCUUCGGCUUCUGCAAAAAAACCGGUUUAUUAUCCCAGGAGGAGGCCCUUCCUGGGGCUCACAUCCCAAUAAAUAAUAAAUGUCUGUCAAUAAAUAAAAGUGGUCCAUAAAUA